AUCGUGUCAUCAUCAUCAUUGUAAAUCACUUGGCAAUAGAAAAGAUUUUUUUGUGAUUUUCGCAGCCGAAAAAUACAAAUAUUGAGAAAAUCAUCAUUUCCCGUUCAUCAUCUCCUGAAGGAAUACUCAAUUCUGUGAAAUUCUCAUGUGAAAGAUAUUCAGUGAAGUGGUUUGAGACAUAAUCUAGAAGUGUUCAGUGGACGAGGCAGAGGAGGCAGAGUAUUCACAGAUCAAAACAAAACUUCCCUUCCGACUGCCGGACGAUGACCAGCAGCAUGGGAGAGGACAAGUCAGAGAUGAAUGAGGAUGAGUUAUUCUACCUGAUGAAGUGGCACAACUUCCAGAAGAAUGUCAGCAUUCAAUUUGAGAGGCUACGGGAAGAGGAAGAUCUCGUGGACAUUACAUUUGCCUGCGAGGGACGUCAGAUCCGGGCACACAAACUGGUCCUGUUUGCCUGCAGUCCCUACUUCAAGCAACUCCUCAAGUCCAAUCCCUGCAAGCAUCCCGUCUUCUUCAUGAAUGACGUCAAAUUUGAGAUUCUGAAGGCGAUUCUGGAGUACAUGUACCUUGGCGAGGUGCACGUCAGCAACGACAAUCUCAAGGAAUUCAUGAGGGUGGCAGAGAGCCUCAAAAUCCGGGGGCUCUCCAAAGACAAACAGGAUCGUCUGCUUAGUUCUUCCUUGGCAUCCCACAUUGAGCAGCAUAUGGACUUCGAUGCGGACAUAUCGGAAGAGCCACAAAUGGGCCAGAAUCCUCUGGGUAGGAAACACAAAAUGAUGGAGGAAGUGACGCCGGCAGAGGAGCAACAGAGGCCAAAAUGUGCCAAAACGGAGAAGUGCAUGAAUGAGGGAAUGGUGCCCAAAGUUGAGAUGGUUGAAUUGUUCCAUGAGUCCCAUCAUGCACCCACCUAUUGCAACAUCCAGACCCUCCUGAUCGGAACUCCUGCCCAAUCAGGUGAUAAAACUCUCACGACGAUCGCUGUCCCUCCCACAAAUACCAAUCCCAUGAGCCACCCACCGAAUCAGGCCCCACCGAAUCCCUCUGACGUCAUGACACAAACUGAUCACAAAGCCCAAAUGCCCACCGAAGGUCCCUGGAUGGACAAGCCAGGUGCAGUGGAACAGAAUCCCAGUGGGAAUGUUCCGACGGACAAAUGUCGCGUGAAGGGAACCAAGGCCAACUGCCUUUCUCCCCAUCCCUGCCCUGUCUGUUCCCGCCUCUACAGCAAUGUCUCCAAUCUGCGGCAGCACAUGAGACUCAUCCACAAUCCCACAGCAGUCGUCUGCAACAUGUGCCAGAAGACCUUCAACUCCCAGCUCUACCUCAAGCGUCACAUCUCUUCCGUGCACGGAUAUGCAGCCAGUGGACAGGCAGGAGGCGGCGGGAAUGUGACUCAAGAGAGGGAAGACAGCAAACCACCUGCCACGAAUCCUCAGCAACAUGCGCAACCCAACACAACCACUUGGAAUAUCUACGAGACCAUGGAGAAUCCCAGUUCAAUCAUCACACAGUGAGAUUACUGCCCAUUCAAGCCAUCCACUCCUUUGGGUCAGUCAUACCAUUUCCCCUUUCUAAAGGUGACAUUGAAUUUGUAAAUAGAAUUAUAUAGCCAGUAUAUUGAGUGUUGAGAAACAAAAGCAAAGUAGUUUGUAGGAUACAUUGAAAAAAAAUCAAAAAACAAAAAUGCAAUAGAAUUACUUAAGUAUUAAUUCUUACAAAUUACUACGUGCUUACUUCAAAAUCCAAUUAUUCCUCUAGAACAAGAACAAAAGAAAAAUUGAAGAUACCUCUUUAGAUUUAUUAUCUCAAACUAAUAUUACUUUUUUUUUGGAUUUUAAUGCGCUAUUUUUUUCAAAAUGAAUUUUUUUUUUUACAUUUUAUUCAAUGUCUCAAUUUUUUCUGAGACUCUAGUGAUUUUUUUUUAAAUUUCAAAAAAAAAGAUUAUUAUUUUAAAUACAAAUAUAAAUCUAUUAAUUAUAUUUUGUGUCUAAUCUCUUUAUCUUUUUUUUGUUGUUUUUAAUCUUGACCUAUCUUUUUAUUUAUCUCCUAUGGCGACUUAAGGUUAAAAUUUAAUUAGCGCUAAAUUUGAAUAAAAUGUUUAAAAG